CAAAUUUUUCACCAGAAAUUUAAAAUAUUUUUGGAUUUUUUUAAAUGGAUGAAACCCAUAUAAAAGAAGAAAAAGAGAAUGAAGAACAAACUAAUAAUCAACUGGAUUUUACUUUAGAUGAUUCCAGAUUUGAUAAGGAAUAUGACAAGAAAGUUGUACGUCGAAUUGAUUUAAUUACAGUUCCAAUAGCUAUUAUCUUUUACUUUUUGUCAUAUCUUGACCGUACAAAUAUAGGAAAUGCUCGUCUCUCUGGCUUAGAGAAGGACUUGAAUAUUACAGAGAAACAAUUUAAAUUUUCUUUGACUAUAUUAUUCAUUCCUUAUAUUCUUAUGGAUAUACCCUCAAAUCUUAUUAUGAAAAAAAUUAAACCUAAUAUAUGGUUACCAACUCUUAUUCUUUCUUUCGGAAUAGUAGGAACAUUUCAAGGAUUUAUUAAAACAGUAAAUCAAUUGUACGCAUGUCGUUUCUUUCUAGGAUUAGCUUCGGGAGGUGUUUUUCCUGGCAUUAUUCUUUAUCUUUCAGGUUGGUAUAAACCUCGUGAACGUCAACUUCGAAUAGGCAUGUUUUGGUCUGCUAGUAUUGUAUCAGGUACAUUAGGGGGGUUUAUCGCAGCAGCACUUGAAACUAUGAGAGGAUUAGGAGGAUUAAAUGGCUGGUCUUGGAUUUUUAUAAUAGAAGGAUUAAUAACAAUAUUUUUUGGCAUUUUAGGAUAUUUUGUGAUGCCACAAGGAAUUGAAAAUGCACGUUUUCUAAAUAGCGAUCAAAAAUAUUGGGCAUCUAAAAGACUCCUCUUAGAAGAACAACGUACAUCUUCAAUAGUUAUAUCACAUCCUGAUACAGGAGAGAUGCCAUAUGAUAAUAAGCGUUUUAAAUGGUCAUACGUGGCCUCUACAUUCAAAUCGCCUCAUAUAAUAUUAUUAGCAUUUAUUGCACUUUCUUCCGGUCUUAAUGUUUACUCUUAUGCAUAUUUUAUGCCAACUAUAAUUAGGUCAUUUAUUGGAGCGGACAAACGAAUUGAAAUAAUACAAUUGUUAACAAUACCACCAUAUUUGAUUCCUUUAGUAACUAUAUUACUGACAUCUUACUAUGCAGAUAAAAAAUUCCAGCGAAUAUAUAUAAUGAUUGUCUUUACUACAAUUGCUGCUAUCGGAAUGAUUAUUGCAUACUUUAAUAUUAGUUCUAAUUUCAAUUAUUUUUCUACGUUUCUUAUAAUUUGUGGUAUAUAUACAGUUUUUCCGUCAUAUCUAGCAAUAGCAAGCAAUAAUGUAGCACCAUAUUAUAAAAGAGCAACAACAAUAGGUCUUCUUAUAGUUAUGUCAAAUAGCGGUGGCAUAUUAUCUUCUUGGAUGUUUAAUAAGAGUGAAGCACCUAGAUAUGCUAUUUCCUACAGCAUUAUUUUUACAUUAACAGUUAUUUCCAUCUUUCUUUCUAUCAUUUUGAGAAUUUAUUAUGUUAAAGAGAAUAAUAGAAGACAAAAAUUAUUAGCAGAAAAAGCGCAGUCAUUUAAUACAUUAGAAGAAUUUUAUAAGGCAUGUGAUCAAGGUGAUAGACAUGUUGGAUUUAAAUAUUCAUUAUAAAAAAAAAAAUCUAAAUUGUCUAUUUUAUGUAACUAAAAAAACAUUC